AUUGCUUACGUUGCUGAUUAAAGGUUAUUCAAUGCGUACUGGAAAUCACGUUGAAUAAGACAACGGAAUGUGUCGUACAUGUUGUUAUACCUACACGACUGGCUCACACAGACGAGAGUAGUUACCAUUUCUGUGUUUAAGAGAACGUCUAAGAACAAAGUUGGGAGCUUAAAGAAGGCAAAAAGUAUUUCCUUUGAAGAAUCAGCUGAGACCUACAAUUCAGACCAGCUCAGCUGUUUAUCACGGAUCAACAUCAAAUAUAAAAUGGCCCAGGGAAGUUCAGAAACCUCGAAUCAAACCAACAGAGGAAGAGGGGCACAAGAUCCAAGACUCGCACAAUUUAAAAAGAAGGUCGUUACUCUACUACAAUGCAUGUCAAUACAGGAAGAAGCGGGAGAAUGUUGGAUGCACCUUGGAGCAAAUCUUAAAAUACCAGAUAGCGAACUUUCCAAUAUAGGAGCAGAUCACCAACGCAAUGCAGAAAAAGGACUCGCCGUACUCCAAUCAUGGAGGAAUAGGAAAGGGCGUGACGCAACUGUAGGAUGCCUUUAUGACGCAUUUAAAGCUGCUGGUAAAAAAAAAAGUGCAGAAAAAGUUUUGGAGCUAUGUAAACCUAAGCCGUAGGACAAUCCCUGUGUGCUGCGCGAGAAUAGCAACUAAGUGAAGAGCUUAAAGAAGUCGAAGGAAUUGAUGUUACUAUGAGUAAACACCUCAUGAACAUAAUAGUUAUUUUAAAAGUUAGCUGUUACCCAGUUUGGAUGGGCUUGAAAGCAUUGAUAAAGGCUAACACUAUCUUGAUAAGCAAGAGGGAUUCUAAAUGUGUUAACUUAGCAAACAUGAAUUUAAUGUUAUAUAACCAAAUUAGUAUAGAAAAAUUUCUUUUCUUUACUGAGGUUAGGCUAUUA